AUGAUUCUCUCCGUGUUCCUUCUGGCACUGGCGUGCUCGGUCCUCGCUUCGACAGAUGCACAGUCGCCGACGUUCGACCGGCAGGACCGCGACUAUCGCCCCCUGCAGCCGACACCAGCAUACGAGUUGAAUGCCUGGGCUCGUAAGGCGGGCUCCACCAUUCUGUCAGCAUUAUAUCCUUCGCAGGAUAAAUACGACAAUUUUAAAAGAUUACGAAAGGAAGUCCAGUGGCUUUACAUAGUUCCUGAUUUCUCCUCCUGGCAUCCACCCUCAACGGGAAGUACGUUCGGCAAGAGAGAUAUGUACCGACCUCUACAGUUUGGAAAACGGGAGUACCGACCACUGCAGUUCGGCAAACGAACGUCGUUGGGCAGCACCUCGUAUCUCGUGCCGCCGCUGUGA